AUGUCGCAUAAGGUUAGCUGCGAGGAGUUAGCUGCACUGGAGAAGUUGGAAAACGACCUAAUCAGAAACCAGUCAAUCUUCAAGUAUCUGAGUAGAUAUCUCGAUAAGAAUAACAGAAUAGAAGAGAAUCAUAGCAAGGGUCAUGAGACUAGAGAGAUAUUUCUGCGGUCACUCGAGCCAUUUGUCUUUGCUUGCUCGAGUCAAUGUGUAACUAUCUUUCGUGAGGGAUGUAUGCAGCUUUUUCCGUCUACAAAGUCGAUUUCGUUCUGCAAAGACUUGAGAUCUGCCGAGAAGGUCGUCGAGAAGGUCAGCAAAACUCAGCCAAAGGCGCUGGUUGUGUACCAUGCACACGACAAAGAGGCAUUCGAUAGAGUUGACAACGACGAGCUGCGUAUAUCUUUUAGCUCUGAUAAUAUCCCGCCUAGCCUGAUUAAUCAGAAAAUCAAGCUGAUUGUGAACUGCAACCAGCCACCGCAUCACUGA